AUGUCAGCCAGCCUCUUCCCAGCCCACCAGCGCCAGGGGCUGCUGGCUGAGCUGCGCGGCAGAGCCCCGCAAGCGCCCUGCCCAGAGCGGCUGCUGGGCGCCUCGGUGCUGGAUUUCGUGGCCGACCUCUCCCUGGGCGCCCCCCAGGGCCCCCCCGGGGCAGGGCCGGGCCUGGGGCUCCGCGAGGUCACCUCCGGGCCUCCCUUCGGGGACAGAGCCCUUUCGCUCCGGGAGGGCAUGGCCCGGGGGCUGUCCCUGGCUGCCUUCGGAGAUGGAGGUCCCGAAGACGAGGAAGAGGAGGAAGAAGAGGAGAGGAUGCGCGGCACUUCCCUCCUGGACAGGCCCAGGAGAAAGCGGGUUAUCACCUACGCCCAGCGCCAGGCUGCCAACAUACGGGAGAGGAAGAGGAUGUUCAACCUCAACGAGGCGUUUGAUCAGCUGAGGAAGAAGGUGCCCACCUUCGCCUACGAGAAGAGGCUCUCCCGGAUAGAGACCUUGCGCCUGGCCAUAGUGUACAUCUCCUUCAUGACUGAGCUCCUGGACGGCUGCGGCAGGCGGGAGGCGAGCUAG